ACGAAUUCGAUCACAUGAUAGCCUCGAGAAAAAGAAAACAGGAAAUAUUUCAGCCAGCGCUUUCACUUUGGGGGAGAGAAAGAUGGGGUCAGCUGUCGAAAGGACGGAUGAACAUGUCCGAGAAUACUUGAUAUAUCGCGGUUUCACCAGCACACUGAAGCACCUAGACUCUGAUAUAAAAGCAGACAAGGAGAAAGGAUUCAGAGUGGAUAAGAUCAUUGAUCAGCUUCAGCUGUUCAUCCAUAGCUUUGACCUGAAUGGCCUGAAGGACUACUGGGGCUAUCUGGACCGGAGACUGUUCUGUAGGCUAGAAGACGUCUACAGACCCACAGUCUCCAAGCUACGGACCAGUCUCUUCAGAUACUACGUUGUUUACACUGUACAGUUAAAGAACCUAGAGAAGACCCAGGAGUUUUUCCAGCGUCAGGCUCAGGAUCUGCAGGGCCAGUCGGAGUGGCGUGAUUGGUUCAUCCUGCCGUUUAUCCCCGCCCCCGAGCAGAAUCCCGUCUUCUCGCCAUACUUCUCCCGUCAGUGGUCUGACACCUUCCUGGUCUCACUGCACAACUUCCUCUCUGUGCUGUUCCAGUGCAUGCCCCAGCCUGUGCUCUUGAGCUUUGACGCUGAAGUCCAGAGGACCACUGGUCUACAGGAGGAGAACGAACAGUUCAGACAUGUGCUAUUUUCCCUGCAGGGGGAGGCUAAACUAAAGAAGCAGGAAGAGAUGAUGCAUCACAAACUCCCCCCCUACGUACAAAACAUGGACCGCCUCGGAGACACUGAGCUGGACCUGGUGACGAGCCAGCAUAACCCCGCCCUCACCACCACCCCUUCGAGGAACUUCUUCGCUACAUUCCUGCCCCAGACCAGACGGGUACCUGGCAAGACGCCUCGAGGACUUCCUGGAUCCUCACCAACACAGGCCUCUCUGGGAUGCAAGGACCCCGCAGCCAAUCAAGCCAAGGACCCAUUACCGGUCUCCAAGGAGCCCAGGCCGGUGAAUAGCGCUGGGGGAACCAGCGAGCAGCAGGCCGGGCCCAACUCCCACCCCAGACAGAGACGACACCAGGACCACGAGAAGGAGAGGAAGGAGUUGUUCUCCAAGCCACAAAUUCAGAUGCCUGAAAAGAGAGGGGAGAGUGGGGACCCAGAACCCCACCCUGAGGGCGGGACCACCAGCAGUGACCUGACAGACACUCCUCCCCCCAGCCAGACACUGGUCAGCGGGGAGGGACCGAGGGGCACAGGGGGGCUGGGGGAGGGACAACCCUUCAUCAAGCUCAGUCAGGAAGAGUACGGCGAGCAUCACUCGUCAAUCAUGCACUGCAGGGUGGACUGCUCAGGGAGGAGAGUAGCCAGUUUGGACGUGGACGGGGUCAUCAAGGUGUGGUCCUUCAACCCCAUCAUGCAGACCAAGGCCACCAUCAUGUCCAAGUCCCCUCUGCUGUCCCUGGAGUGGGCCACCAAGCCUGACAGACUGCUGUUGCUGGGCAGUGGUGCGGGUACAGUGAGGCUGUACGACACUGACGCUAAGAAGAACCUGUACGAGAUGGCCAUAGAUGACACUCAUCCACGGAUCCUGUCCCUGGCCUGUAGCCCCAGUGGGACGUCCUUUGUGUGUUCUGCAGCAGCCCACGCUGGACCCGGGCGCUCUGGCAGUGUAACAGAGACGGUACCACGCUGUCCCAAUCCCCUCCCUGUCUCUGGACAGCUGCUGCUGUGGGACACCAAGACUGUCAAACAGCAGCUUCAGUUCUCUCUGGAGCCAGGUCCUGUAGCCAUCAACUGUACAGCCUUCAACCACAACGGAAACCUACUGGUGACUGGAGCUGCUGACGGAGUCAUUCGACUGUUCGACAUGCAGCGUUAUGACUGUGCUAUGAGCUGUUAUAAUGUCUCUCUAUUCUCCAUAGACAUGCAGCGUUAUGACUGUGCUAUGAGCUGUUAUAACGUCUCUCUAUUCUCCAUAGACAUGCAGCGUUAUGACUGUGCUAUGAGCUGUUAUAACGUCUCUCUAUUCUCCAUAGACAUGCAGUGUUAUGACUGUGCUAUGAGCUGUUAUAACGUCUCUCUAUUCUCCAUAGACAUGCAGCGUUAUGACUGUGCUAUGAGCUGUUAUAACGUCUCUCUAUUCUCCAUAGACAUGCAGCGUUAUGACUGUGCUAUGAGAUGUUAUAACGUCUCUCUAUUCUCCAUAGACAUGCAGCGUUAUGACUGUGCUAUGAGCUGUUAUAACGUCUCUCUAUUCUCCAUAGACAUGCAGCGUUAUGACUGUGCUAUGAGCUGUUAUAACGUCUCUCUAUUCUCCAUAGACAUGCAGCGUUAUGACUGUGCUAUGAGCUGUUAUAAUGUCUCUCUAUUCUCCAUAGACAUGCAGCGUUAUGACUGUGCUAUGAGCUGGAGGGCCCAUGAUGGGGAGGUGUACAGUGUUGAGUUCAGCUAUGAUGAGAAUACAGUGUUCAGUAUCGGAGAGGACGGCAAGUUUAUCCAGUGGAACAUCCACCGAUGUGGGGAGAAGCAGUUCGAGCACUCCCUGCCCCAGGAUGCCACGGGGCCCUUUGUGCUAUCUGGGUACAGUGGGUACAAGCAGGUCCAGGUGCCACGCGGACGGCUCUUCGCCUUCGACUCGGAGGGACAACACGUCCUCACCUGCUCCAACAACGGAGGAAUCAUCUACAGGCUGAACAGCUCCAGUGAGAGUGGUCUGGAGAGGGUUCUGCCCCUGGGGGGUCACAAGGCCCCCGUGGUCACAGUGGACUGGUGCUCUGCCAUGGACUGUGGCACCUGCCUCACCGCAUCCAUGGACGGAAAGAUCAAACUCAGCACGCUACUGGCACAGAAGUCCUGAUUUGGUUGAUCGAUUUUUUAAAGUUGUGAGGGAGGGGGCCUCAUUGGAGCGGAGCAUUUUAUUGGAGCGUCACACUUUUGAAGCCGAUGUAUUGCACAGUAGCACACGUCUUAUAAAAUGUAAUACUUUGUACUGACCUAAGGCAGUCCUAUACAGUAGCUCUGGACGGUCCACAAACAUAUCAUGGAUGAAAUGGGGCAUUAGAAAGUCAUAAUUAGAGCAACAUCAACUCAUUCCUUACCUGCAAGUGGUGUUCAGUCCAUGUGAGAGACAAUGUUAUAUUUGAUGCAGUACAGAAGUUGUGCCUACAAAUCUGAACUGGUUAUGAGAUGCCAUGCACCGGUCCUAGGCUGCACUGUGCACCGGUCCUAGGCUGCACCGUGCACCGGUCCUAGGCUGCACCGUGCACCGGUCCUAGGCUGCACCGUGCACCGGUCCUAGGCUGCACCGUGUACCGGUCCUAGGCUGCACCGUGCACCGGUCCUAGGCUGCACCGUGCAGACGUGGGACCAUUUCUUGCUUCUCCGUUUGACGCAGUACUCCUGAUCAGGGGUUGUUUGUUUCAUCAUGUAUGUAUAAUCACUUGUGAUUAUGACAAUAAACAUUUGUAGAUA